UUUAUGAACACAUACAUUAAUAGGAUAAAUCCAAAAACUAAUACGACAUUGUAGAUAGUUUUUUUGGCAGCUGCUGGUGUAUGGUUAAUUAUUUUAUUAUUUUCAAAUUAUCAAUUUUCAAAAUUGGAGUAGAAUGGAGAAUAGCUAGAAUGCAAAUUAAAAUAUGAUGGGAAUAAGAAAUGCAAGUUAAAUGACAAAAUAUUGUUUAAAAUAAAAAUUAGUGGUUCAGACUGUUAUGAUUAAUAUGUAUGUAAUACAAUUUUAGCUGCUUAUCCUAUUACAAUAAUUGAUAUAGUUCUAAUUGCAAUAGCAUUAACAAUGUGUUUAUUAAAACAAUCCAAUUUACCAGGGAAUACAAUCACUUUCAAUUACGUAUCCAUAAUUUCAGUUGCAGUAUCAGCAAUAACAUUAUUUGUACUAUCAAUUAUUUUAAUGUCGGCUAUUAAUAAUUAUGAUCUCCAAGCCUGGGUGAUCGUUUCUUAAUUUUUAGUCUCAUUAAUCUUAUUUGCCAGUUUAAUUUUUAUAAGAAGGGAAGAACAAUUAUCCUCAGAGAUAAUGAAAUAAGAAUAAUUGAAUAAUAUGGAGAUUAAGUAAUAUGUUGUGUAUUGA